AUGAGUAAGCACGUAGCUUUUGAAGAUAACACUGUUGUGACAGUUUUCGGUGCAUCAGGCGAUUUGUCUAAGAAGAAGACUUUUCCAGCGUUGUUUGGGCUAUUCAGGGAAGGCUACCUACACGAUACUACAAAGAUCAUUGGGUAUGCCAGAUCGAACCUCAGUGAUGAUGACUUGAGGGAGAAAAUUAAGCCUCACCUCAAGACACGUAAUGGUAAGGAAGAUGAGGGCAAGAUCGAGCGUUUUCUGAAAAUGGUGUCAUAUAUUUCAGGGCCAUACGACGAGAACCAAGGUUAUGAAACUCUUAAAACGGAAAUUGAAAAGUUCGAAAAGGAAAAAGGCGUCAAGCAACCUCACAGACUCUUUUACUUUGCUUUACCACCCAGUGUUUUUGUCACUGUGGCCACACAGAUAAAAAAGCUGGUUUAUGCCAAGAACGGUAUUACGAGAGUGGUGGUAGAAAAGCCAUUCGGUCAUGAUCUUCAAUCUUCGAGGGAAUUGCAAGAGAAACUCUCACCACUAUUCACGGAAGAAGAACUUUUCAGAAUUGACCACUAUCUAGGUAAGGAAAUGGUCAAGAAUUUGGUGCUAUACAGAUUCGGUAAUACUUUCCUCAAUGCCGCCUGGAAUAGAGAAAAUAUUCAAAUGGUACAAAUAUCAUUCAAGGAGCCAUUUGGAACAGAGGGCCGCGGCGGUUACUUUGACCAAAUUGGUAUAAUCAGAGAUGUGAUGCAAAACCAUCUGCUGCAAAUUUUGACGCUUUUGACCAUGGAGCGUCCAGUUUCCUUUGACCCAGAAUCCAUUCGUGAUGAAAAAGUCAAGGUUUUAAAAGCAUUUGCUCCAAUUGACACCAAGGAUAUUUUGAUUGGUCAAUACGCCAAGUCUGAAGAUGGCUCGAAGCCCGGAUACUUGGAUGACGAGACUGUCAGCCCCGAAUCCAAGUGUGUCACUUUUGCUGCUCUGGGUUUUAAGAUUCACAAUGAACGCUGGGACGGCGUUCCGAUCGUUAUGCGUGCCGGAAAAGCUUUAAACGAGGGUAAAGUUGAAAUUAGAAUUCAAUUCAAGGCUGUUCCUUCAGGUAUUUUCAACGAUAUUCCUAAUAACGAGUUGGUAAUUCGAGUACAACCGAAUGAAGCAAUCUACCUGAAAUGUAACUCCAAAACUCCAGGUUUAGCCACAACAACUCAAGUUACAGAGCUAGACUUGACCUACUCCAGCCGUUACAAAGAUUAUUGGAUUCCAGAAGCGUAUGAGGCUCUAAUUAGAGAUGUUCUAAUCGGCGACCAUUCAAACUUUGUAAGAGAUGACGAGUUGGACGUUAGUUGGAAGCUAUUUACCCCACUACUUAACUAUCUGGAGGGACCAGAUGCUCCACAACCAGAGCUUUACCCUUACGGUUCUAGAGGUCCUAAGAACUUGAUCAAAUACCUGGAAGAUCACAAAUAUGUAUUUGAAAAGGAAGGGCUUUAUCAAUGGCCGAUUGCUUGCCCGGAUGACUCCAAAACAUCAUCCCCUAAGAUGUGA